AUGGACGGCGAUGGCGGCCGCCGAGACGCCCCCGGCGCGCUGAUGGAGCCCGGGCGCGGCGCAGGGCCCGCGGGCAUGGCGGAGCCGCGGGCUAAGGCGGCGCGGCCGGGGCCCCAGCGCUUCCUGCGGCGCAGCGUGGUAGAGUCGGACCAGGAGGAGCCGCCCGGCUUGGAGGCGGCCGAGGCGCCGGGCCCGCAACCCCCGCAGCCCCUGCAGCGCCGGGUACUUCUGCUCUGCAAGACGCGCCGCCUCAUCGCGGAGCGCGCCCGUGGACGCCCCGCCGCCCCCGCGCCCGCAGCGCCGGCCGCGCCACCUGGAGCCCCCGGAGCCCCGGCGGACGCCGGCCCCGAGCUCUUGGUCGCGCAGGAGCCCGUCCCGGACCCCACCGCAGCUGCUGCCGAAACUGCGCCUGCCCCCGACGGCGGCCCCAGGGAGGAGGCGGCGGCGACAGUGAGGAAGGAAGAUGAGGGGGCGACCGAGGCAAAGCCUGAGCCCGGGCGCACACGCCGGGACGAGCCCGAAGAGGAGGAGGACGAUGAGGACGAUCUCAAGGCAGUGGCCACCUCUCUGGACGGCCGCUUCCUCAAGUUCGACAUCGAGCUGGGCCGCGGUUCCUUCAAGACCGUCUACAAGGGGCUGGACACGGAGACCUGGGUGGAGGUGGCCUGGUGUGAGCUGCAGGACCGGAAGCUCACCAAGCUGGAGCGGCAGCGGUUCAAGGAAGAGGCUGAGAUGCUGAAAGGCCUGCAGCACCCCAACAUCGUGCGCUUCUACGACUUCUGGGAGUCUAGCGCUAAGGGCAAGCGGUGCAUUGUGCUGGUGACCGAGCUGAUGACCUCGGGGACGCUGAAGACGUACCUGAAGCGGUUCAAGGUGAUGAAGCCCAAGGUUCUCCGCAGCUGGUGCCGGCAGAUCCUGAAAGGCCUGCUGUUCCUGCACACGAGGACACCGCCCAUUAUCCACCGAGACCUGAAAUGCGACAACAUUUUUAUCACCGGACCCACUGGGUCUGUGAAGAUUGGUGACUUGGGCCUGGCCACUCUCAAAAGAGCGUCAUUUGCCAAAAGUGUGAUAGGUACCCCUGAGUUCAUGGCGCCCGAGAUGUAUGAGGAGCACUACGAUGAAUCCGUGGACGUCUAUGCCUUUGGGAUGUGCAUGCUGGAGAUGGCCACCUCGGAGUACCCCUACUCGGAGUGCCAGAAUGCGGCCCAGAUCUACCGCAAGGUCACCUGUGGUAUCAAGCCGGCCAGCUUUGAGAAAGUGCACGAUCCCGAAAUCAAGGAGAUUAUUGGGGAGUGUAUCUGCAAAAACAAGGAGGAAAGGUACGAGAUCAAAGACCUGCUGAGCCACGCCUUCUUCGCAGAGGACACGGGCGUGAGGGUGGAGCUUGCGGAGGAGGACCACGGCAGGAAGUCCACCAUUGCCCUGAGGCUCUGGGUCGAAGACCCCAAGAAACUGAAGGGAAAGCCCAAGGACAAUGGGGCCAUAGAGUUUACCUUCGACUUGGAGAAGGAGACGCCAGAUGAGGUGGCCCAGGAGAUGAUUGAGUCUGGAUUCUUCCACGAGAGUGACGUCAAGAUCGUGGCCAAGUCCAUCCGUGACCGUGUGGCUUUGAUCCAGUGGCGGCGGGAGAGGAUCUGGCCUGCGUUGCAGCCCAAGGAGCAGCAGGAUGUGGGCAGCCCAGACAAGGCUAGGGGUCCGCCGGUGCCCCUGCAGGUCCAGGUGACCUACCAUGCACAGGCCGGGCAGCCUGGGCCACCAGAACCUGAGGAGCUGGAGGCCGACCAGCACCUCCUCCCACCCACGUUGCCGACCAGCGCCACCUCCCUGGCCUCGGACAGCACCUUCGACAGCGGCCAGGGCUCCACCGUGUACUCGGACUCACAGAGCAGCCAGCAGAGCGUGGUGCUUGGCUCCCUUGCCGACGCAGCGCCGCCCCCCGCCCAGUGUGUGUGCAGCCCCCCUGUGAGCGAGGGGCCCGUCCUGCCGCAGAGCCUGCCCUCACUGGGGGCCUUCCAGCAGCCUAUGGCUGCGCCUGGCCUGCCGGUGGGCUCCGUCCCGCCCCCCGCCUGCCCUCCGCCCCUCCAGCAGCACUUCCCAGAUCCAGCCAUCAGCUUUGCUCCUGUGCUGCCGCCGCCCAGCACCCCCGUGCCCACGGGCCCAGGCCAGCCAGCGCCCCCCGGCCAGCAGCCUCCUCCACUGGCCCAAUCGACACCCCUGCCACAGGUCCUGGCUCCACAGCCCGUGGGCCCCCUCCAGCCAGUGCCCACUCUUCUGCCGCAGUACCUGGCUCCAGCCUCCCAGGUGGGGGCCCCCGCUCAGCUGAAGCCCCUCCAGAUGCCGCAGGCACCCCUGCAGGCGCUUGCUCAAGUUCCUCCGCAGAUGCCCCCGAUUCCUGUCGUGCCCCCCAUCACGCCCCUGGCAGGAAUCGACGGCCUCCCUCCGGCCCUCCCAGACCUGCCGACCGCGACCGUGCCCCCUGUGCCACCACCUCAGUAUUUCUCUCCAGCUGUGAUCUUGCCGAGCCUUGCUGCCCCGCUCCCCCCUCCGUCCCCAGCCCUGCCUCUGCAGGCUAUGAAGCUGCCCCAUCCCCCUGGGGCGCCCCUGGCCAUGCCCUGCCGGACCAUUGUGCCAAAUGCACCGGCUGCCAUCCCCCUGCUGGCUGUGGCUCCACCGGGCGUGGCUGCCCUGUCCAUUCAUCCUGCUGUGGCCCAGCUCCCGGCCCAACCUGUGUACCCAACGGCCUUCCCACAGAUGGCACCUACCGACGUCCCUCCUUCCCCCCACCACACGGUGCAGAAUAUUCGGGCCACCCCUUCACAGCCGGCACUGCCCCCGCAACCCACGCUACCCCCACAACCCAUACUGCCCCCACAACCUGUGCUGCCCCCGCAACCCACGCUGCCCCCACAAUCCAUACUGCCCCCACAACCCGUGCUGCCCCCGCAGCCAGCAUUGCCUGUGCGCCCUGAGCCCCUCCAGUCCCACCUUCCUGAACAGGCUGCUCCGGCUGCUGCACCAGGGAGCCAGAUUCUGCUUGGCCACCCAGCUCCCUAUGCUGUAGACGUCGCUGCUCAGGUCCCCACUGUGCCUGUGCCACCGGCUGCGGUCCUCUCCCCGCCUCUGCCGGAAGUGCUGCUGCCUGCUGCCCCUGAGCUCCUGCCUCAGUUCCCCAGCUCCCUGGCCACGGUGUCUGCCUCUGCGCAGAGUGUGCCCACCCAGACUGCCACACUUCUGCCACCAGCAAACCCGCCACUGCCUGGUGGGCCUGGGAUCACCAGCCCCUGCCCAGCUGUCCAGCUGACGGUGGAACCGGCCCAAGAGGAGCAGGCCUCGCAGGACAAGCCGCCUGGCCCCCCGCAGAGCUGUGAGAGCUACGGAGGUUCUGAUGUCACUUCUGGAAAAGAGCUGAGUGACAGCUGUGAAGGCGCUUUUGGAGGGGGCAGGCUGGAGGGCAGGGCAGCCCGGAAGCACCACCGCAGGUCCACGCGCGCACGCUCCCGGCAGGAGAGGGCCAGUCGGCCCCGACUUACCAUCCUGAACGUGUGCAACACUGGGGACAAGAUGGUGGAGUGCCAGCUGGAGACGCACAACCACAAGAUGGUGACCUUCAAGUUCGACUUGGAUGGGGACGCGCCUGACGAGAUCGCGACGUACAUGGUGGAGCACGAUUUCAUCCUGCAGGCUGAGCGGGAGACGUUCAUUGAACAGAUGAAAGAUGUCAUGGACAAGGCGGAGGACAUGCUUAGCGAGGACACGGAUGCCGACCGUGGCUCCGACCCAGGGACCAGCCUACCACACCUCAGCACCUGCGGCCUGGGCGCCGGGGAGGAGAGCCGGCAAUCCCAAGCCAACGCCCCCGUGUAUCAGCAGAACGUCCUGCACACUGGGAAGAGGUGGUUCAUCAUCUGUCCGGUGGCUGAGCACCCCACCCCCGAGGCCCCUGAAUCUUCGCCCCCACUUCCUCUAAGCUCCCUGCCGCCAGAAGCCAGCCAAGAUCCAGCACCCUAUAAAGACCAGCUGUCCUCGAAGGAACAACCUGGCUUUCUAGCCAGUCAGCAGCUUCUGAGCCAGACGGGCCCCAGCAACCCUCCUGCGGGGGUCCCAGCCCCUUUGGCCCCCUUCUCCCCUCCUGUGACUGCUCUACCCCAAGAUGGAGCAGCUCCAGCCACCAGCACCAUGCCAGAGCCAACGUCAGGAACUGCCAUCCAGGCAGGGGGUGCAGGGACCCCUCAGGGGCCCACCAGUGAGCUCGAGACCUCCCAGCCGCUAGUGGAGACUCACGAGGCCCCACUUGCUGUGCAGCCCCUCGUGGUGAGCCUAGGACCUUGUGCUCCAGCUCCAGAGGCCGCCUCAACCAGGGAGGCCAGUGCCCCAGGGGAGCCCCCGCCAGCUCCUGCACCUGAGCCCAGCCCCCACAGUGGGGCCCCACAGCCCUCCUUGGGUCAACCUGCUCCCCUGCUUCCUGCCGCAGUGGGGGCCAUCAGUCUGGCCACCACCCAGCUCCCAAGCCCACCCCUAGGGCCCACCGUCCCCCCACAGCCGCCCUCGGCCCUGGAGUCAGAUGGGGAAGGGCCGCCCCCCAGGGUGGGCUUUGUGGACAGCACCAUCAAGAGCCUGGAUGAGAAGCUGCGGACUCUGCUCUACCAGGAGCACGUGCCCACGUCCUCAGCCUCAGCUGGGACCCCUGUGGAGGUGGGCGACAGAGACUUCACCCUGGAGCCCCUGAGAGGGGACCAGCCCCGCUCGGAGGUCUGCGGGGGGGACCUGGCCCUGCCCUCAGCGCCUAACGAGGCAGUCACAGGGCGUGCCCAGCCACCCCAGCCCUUGGUGGAGAAGUCAGAACUGAUCCCUACUCAAGGGGCCGUGAUGGAGCGGGGCAGGUCUUCAUCAGUGACAGCCCCAGUUCCCACAGCAGAGUCGUCUCCCGGGAGCAUGCUGGGCUACGACAGAGAUGGAGGGCAGUUGGUCUCAGACUCCCGUGUGGUGCCCAGUGCCCCCCAGGAUGUACCUGCUUUUGUGAGAUCUGCACGCGUGGAGCCCACAGACAGGGAUGGUGGAGUCACUGGAGAAAGUUCAGCAGAGCCCCCACAGAGUGCCAUGAGCAUUUCCACACCGGGUGGCCAGGCCAGCCACCCCCAGGCACUCGGCGCUCGAGCUUCGGGGUCCCCUCGGAAACAUCCAGAGCAGCAGGAUGGCAGCUCACCAGCCAAGACUGUGGGCCGUUUCUCGGUGGUCAGCACGCAGGACGAGUGGACCCUGGCCUCCCCCCACAGCCUGAGGUACUCCGCCCCACCUGACGUCUACCUCGACGAGGCCCCCUCCAGCCCCGACGUGAAGCUGGCGGUGCGGAGGGCACAGACAGCCUCCUCCAUCGAAGUCGGCGUGGGCGAGCCUGUGUCCAGCGACUCUGGGGAUGAGUGCCCUCGGGCAAGGCCCCCGGUGCAGAAGCAGGCAUCCCUGCCCGGGAGCGGCAGCAUGGCUGGCGACUUCGUGAAGAAGGCCACCGCCUUCCUGCAGAGGCCUUCUCGGGCUGGCUCGAUCGGCCCCGAGAUGCCCAGCAGGGUGGGCGUGAAGGUCCCCACCAUCAGCGUGACCUCCUUCCACUCGCAGUCAUCCUACAUCAGCAGUGACAACGACUCAGAGCUGGAGGACGCUGACAUAAAGAAGGAGCUGCAGAGUCUGCGGGAGAAGCACCUGAAGGAGAUCUCAGAGCUGCAGAGCCAGCAGAAGCAGGAGAUCGAGGCUCUGUACCGCCGCCUGGGCAAGCCGCUGCCCCCCAACGUGGGCUUCUUCCACACGGCGCCUCCCACUGGCCGCCGGAGAAAAGCCAGCAAGAGCAAGCUGAAGGCGGGCAAGCUGCUGAACCCCCUGGUGCGGCAGCUCAAGGUCGUGGCCUCCAGCACAGGUCACUUGGCUGACUCCAGCAGAGGCCCUCCCGCUAAGGACCCUGCCCAAGCCAGUGCGGGGCUUGCUGCAGACAGCACGGGCCUGAGCGGGAAGGCAGUGCAGACCCAGCAGCCCUGCUCCGUCCGGGCCUCCCUGUCUUCGGACAUCUGCUCCGGCUUAGCCAAUGAUGGAGGCGGAGUGCGUGGCCAAGGCUGGACGGUUUACCACCCAACGUCUGAGAGAGUGACCUAUAAGUCUAGUAGCAAACCUCGUGCUCGAUUCCUCAGUGGACCCGUAUCUGUGUCCAUCUGGUCUGCCCUGAAGCGUCUCUGCCUAGGCAAAGAACACAGCAGUAGGUCCUCCACCAGCAGCCUGGCCCCAGGCCCUGAGCCGGGCCCCCAGCCCGCCCUGCGCGUCCAGGCGCAGGUGAACAACAGCAACAACAAGAAGGGCACCUUCACGGACGACCUGCACAAGCUGGUGGACGAGUGGACGAGCAAGACGGUGGGGGCCGCACAGCUGAAGCCCACGCUCAACCAGCUGAAGCAGACCCAGAAGCUGCAGGACAUGGAGGCCCAGGCAGGCCGGGCUGCCCCUGGCGAGGCGCGGGCUCCCCAAGAACUAGGCUUCUCCACUUUACAGAUUGGGAGGUGAGCGACGUGCCCACAGCGCCACAGCUGGCAGGUGGAAAGGCCAGGCCAGGCCAGGGCUGUGACUCCACAGCUCAGAUACAGCAGCAGCCCCAGCCCGGGCAGCCUGGGCCGCACACCCAGAGUUGGUAGCCCUGAUCUCAGCAGACAGACCCACCUCUGCCCGAGUUCUGUUUGUGCCCAGGCUGGAGACCAGGGCAGGUGUGUCACCCCUGAAUGACACCAGCGUCGGGCUGUAGCUCACACACCUGAGCCAACGUGGGGCGGAAGUGAGGACCUGCUCCCCUCGGUUUUGACACCUCACUUGUUCUGAUGUCAGUGCAAAUUGGAGGAGCAUCUGCUGUUUUUCAGUUUUCUGGAGAGCUUUGUGGAAGAUCGGUGUUAUUUCUGUCUCAAAUAUUUAGUAAAGGUCAUUCGUGAAGCCAUCUGGACUGGAGUUUUGUUUCUGUGUUUUUUAGUGUGGGCUUUCCUCUAUGAUCUUCUACCUUGAAAAAUUUCAAACACACAGAAGAGUUGAAAAUUCUGCCGUGAACAUCCACAUACCCACUACGUGCAUUCCAAUUGACAUCUUUGCUGUGUUUACUACACACCUGUUCAUCCCUUGAGGGUACAGUUGCUACUGCGGAUUCAGUUUCUUCUAUACUUCUAACACCACUUGGAUUUUCUGUUUCGUUUUGUUAAAUUCUGCUUUUCUGGCAAUUGGUAUCUCUAAAUGUAUCUAAAAUUUUAAAUUAAUUGCCAUAAAAUUAUCCAUAAUAGCUUUUAUUUUUCCAUUUGCAGGAUUUACAGUGAUGUCCUGAUUUCAUUCCUGACGUUGGUGAUUUCGGCCUCCUCUCUGCCUCUCCUCUCUUUCCCUUUCUUUAUGCAGUCUCCUUAGGGGUGAAGAUUUUAUUAGCCUAUUCAAAGAACACGUUUGGUGCUUGAGAGUCUUUAUCGUAUGUUUCAUUAAUUUUUUUUUUUUUUUGCCUCCUAUCAUUGGGUGAAUUUUGUUGUUCUAGAAAGUUUCUUACAAUGUGUUCAUUGAUUUCUAGCCUUUCCAUUUCAAUGUACGCAUUCAAGGACAUAAAGCACCCACUGAUGGUUUCAGCUGCAUCCCAGAAGUACGUGCAGCAUUUUCAUUAACUUUUGUUUCAAAAUAUUUUAUCCUUUCUGUUGCUAUUUGCAGUAAGUGUGGUUAUCAGUUUUCGGCGUGUUGUGUGUGGCUGCACUGUGGCAGGACAGCAGACUUAGUGCUUUCAGGCUGUGGAGGUUGUCAGGACUGGCUCUUGACCCGGGUGUCAGUCUUUGUUGCUGUUGUAUGGAUGCUUGAGCUGAAUUCACUGUUUCCUUCUCUCCACAUCCACACUCCCAAGCUCUGCCACUGUUACUUCUGUUUUGAAUGACUGCAGGGUCCUCUUGACAGGUACACCUCCGUCAACCUGAGUCCUCAAAUUUAUUCUCAGUAGAAUCCCAUUAUUUUAGGACAAAGUCAGGAAUCGUGAACAUGGCCCCACAGUUCUGUGAGGCUGCACCCAGAGCCUGGGCAGGCUCAUCUCUGCUGCCUGGGUCCCAGGUACAUCAGUGUUUAGGAUUAGCAGAGCUAACUGUUGUUCAGAUGUUCUGGAUUCUUUUUAAGUAUUAAGAGUUUU